ACCGUCACCGUUAUCAUUAUUGUUAUUAUUAUUAUUAUUAUUAUCAUAAGUUGACAUUAAAACAUAACCUGAGAAUAACAAAAAUAUAAAUAAAUAAGAAAAAAAUCCAAGAAAAUAAAAAACAAAAUUGCAGAAAUGUCACUGACAGUCCAGCAAAUAAUUUGUGACGCUAAAAAAUUAGUCGGCCGUAUUUCGGACCACGAAAACACUGCAGACAAUUUGAUAACCGAGAUCCAGUCGGUCUGCAACCAGAUCGACAAUAUGAAACAGUAUCAAGAAGAGAUCGAGGUGCUGAACAAUGAGGCGAAACAGCAGCCAAGGGACGCCCUGAUCGCGGGAAUACAGCAGGAGACUAAACACUUGCGCGAGCUACAGGCCGAGAACCGCGAGCUCCGCAAUGCACUAGAGGAACAUCAGAAUACUAUCGAGCUUAUCAUGUCUAAAUAUCGUCAGCACACUGCCUCCUUGAUUAAAUCUAACAAAAUAAACUUGUCCUCUAUUUAUAACGCGCGCUAUGCUAAUAUUAUUACCAACCAAGCUGAGAAAAUAAAUGAAAUGGCUGCAGUUAUGAGAGUUGCUGCGUCACUAGACGAAGAAAGUGAGUUAAAGUACAAAGAAAAUUUAUCGAAAUUGAAAGAAGAAAAUAAUGUACUGAGAGAGCUGGUUAAUAUUGCCAAUCAUUAUGGGUCUGUAAAUAGCAGCAAUAGCAUCAGCAUGACAACUACCGGUACUACAGUCAGUGUCUUGCAGGAUAACAAAACUUCACAGACUGAUAGUAACGAUAACGAGGAAUUAUAAUUUAUAUUUUUUUUUGGGUUCUAAGUAAAAAUUUUAUUUAUUUAUUUUAUAUUCUAAGAUAUCUUUUAAAAUAUAUCAGAUAUACGUUAUAUAUGUUCGUUGGAAAGGAAAUUUAACAAGCUACAAUUUUUGUCUCUAUAAAUAUUUUUAAAGUCAUUCGUUUCAAAGUUACCGCCAUUUAAAUGAUCAAUUAUUAUUUUUUUAUAAAAUUUCAAUAGCUCUAUUAUAAUGCCCCCUUUAAUAAGCGAUAUCUCCUAAAGUAUUGACCCUACGAGAUUUUUCAAAGAAUCAAAAAUUAUUCAAAAUUAAAUUUCCUACAAUUUUUGUCUCUUUAAAAAAUUCCCUAAAAUCGUUUUUUAAAAAGUUACGGCUUCUCAAAAUAUAAAUAUCAUAUUUUUUCCAAUUACUCCCUUUUAUUUCUUUCAGGGCCUCAUAUUUCGAUAAAUAUCAGUCUUAUGAAAAAAUUCAAUCAAUAAAAAAUUAUAGAUAAUUAAAUUUCCUUUCCAAUGACCCCCCAUAACAUUCAAUUAUCUUCAAUACUCACUGAAAUAUAGCUUAUAAAAAUAGCGACUUCGAAUCACUGAAAAAAAAAAAAAACCGCGAA